UUAUUUGCUGGAGGAAAAGGGACCCUCCUGUGGAAGUGGUUGGUUACCCCAGUACAGUCUGUGGUAGUCAGUGAGUGCGCAGAGUGGUCAUUGAAACAAAAUUCAUUUUUGGAAGUGUUUGGGAGCAGUAAUCCUCGCGAAUAAAACGUUCCUGGUGAUGAUAUCAAAACCUUUAACAAGCAAGUCUGUCUAAGGCGGUUUCGAAGCGAUAGCACAGAGAAACAGCGAAACAAACAAAUUGAUAGAUAUCGUUGGCAAUAAGCUGCAAAGGACAUAAUCCUGUGGACUUUGAGAUCUGGGAUCGUUCCUCAGCAGGACACCGCCCCCUGGAGGAGAGGCCCUGACCCGUCUCCCGUCCGAGUGUCCUCCUGAAGUCGCCAAGAUCGGUUUGUGCAGCAGCUCCCUCUUCAGGGGCGGGUCCUCUUCCUCUCCACCUCCUGCUUCCCUUCCGGAGAAGCCGAGGAGCAGUCCCUCCGACGUGUCAGAGGUCCCCGCCCAGGCUUCUUCGCCCUCUUCUCCACCCGUGACGUCCGUCCCGUCACCCGCCGAAGAAGGCCGCCCGCAGAGCUCAGACGAACACCCACUGGAACCAGCUUCCUCCGUGUCUCCUACGUCGAAGUUCUCCCCGGAGGGAGAUUCUGCGGGUCCAUUGACGAGUAGCGGGUCGUCGAGUAGCGGGUCGUCGAGUAGCGGGACGUCCUCCGUCGUGCCUAUCGCUCCGUCCACUCCGCCACCCAUCCCAAAGGGUUCCCCGUCGGAGGACACCUCGCACUCGGCGGAGGGGGAAGGGGUAGAAGGGGCGGGAGGAGGCGAGAUGAGUACCGAGGUGGCCUCGCCCGCGCCUCCCCUUCUGAGGGAGCCCGUCGAUUUGGACUUCGAAGAGCCUCCACUCAACCGGUUCACCCGGAGGAAGUCAGUCUUCGCGGAGACCUACGACCCUGAAGAAGACGACGACGAUGGAGAAAGGAUCAUACACGCAAAAUCAGACGACCAACGUCAAAGGUUGUCCGAAGCCGUCAAAACCAUAUUCCUCUUCAGAUCACUUGAUAACGACCAAAUGGGAGAGGUCUUGGACGCCAUGUUUGAGAGAAAGGUCACUGAAAACGAGCACGUCAUCAAGCAAGGCGAUGAUGGAGACAAUUUCUACGUCAUAGAGUCGGGCGUCUACAACAUAUACGUCAAAACCGAUAAUGACGCUGAACCCAGGCUGGUGGGUAAUUACGACAACUCCGGAAGUUUUGGCGAGUUGGCCCUCAUGUACAAUCUGCCCAGGGCUGCCACUAUCCAGGCUGUGACGACGGGGUCCCUCUGGGCCAUGGAUCGACAGACGUUCAGGAGGAUAUUGCUGAAAUCUGCCUGCAAAAAGAGGAAGAUGUAUGAGGCCCUCCUCGAGAACGUGCCCAUGUUGAAAACACUCGAGAAAUACGAGAGGCUGAACUUGGCUGAUGCAUUGGUCCCCAAGGAGUACCCUGCAGGAGCCCAGAUCAUCCUUCAAGGAGACUCUGCUGAUGGCAUGUACUUCCUGGAGGACGGAACUGUCCGGAUCUCCAUGGUGAACUCCGAAAAUGAGGAAAAGGAGAUAAGUCGAGUGACUGUUGGAGGUUACUUCGGUGAACUGGCUUUGGUCACCAAAAAGCCCCGAGCAGCUUCUGUUUAUGCUUGUGGGAAGGCCAAAGUAGCAUUCUUAGACGUGGAGGCCUUCGAGCGCCUGCUUGGUCCCUGCAUGGAUCUGAUGAAGAGGAACAUUGAGGAUUACGAAAACGAGCUUCUUAGGAUCUUUGGCUCUAAGGCUAACAUCUCAGACAUCCGAUGAAGCAACACCAAGUUAACUUAGUUUCCCCAGUCACCAAAUAAUAAUAAUAAUAAUAAAUAAUAAUAAUAAUAAUAAUUAAUAAUAAUAAUAAUACUAUGCGUUUCAAUGAAUCGUCUAUGGGUGUGGGAGGGAAGAAAUAUACAUAAAUGGAGUUUUGUCCUUCGCCAUUGUUGAGAUGAAGACGGCGGCGGUGGUGGUGGUGAGGAUCCUUGCAGAUGGUGGGAGAUGAUGAUCAUGCUGAUUAUAUUGAAAAUAAAUAAAUGAAUGAAUGAAUAGAAGAGAUCCAUGAGAGAAAUGGAGAAAAUAUAUAGAUAUAUAUAAUGAUUGUUGUAACCACAUAGCUCAUCUUAGCUUUGGACUUUCUUCAGCGUUCACGCCAGUGGCAAGCUGGCGUGGCGCAGGGUCUGUCGGUGUCUUCGUGUUCAAACUAAAGAGUAAAAGAAUCUACUUUGUUCCUCAAAAGUGAACCUGUUAAGGAUAACAAAGAAAUGACUUGAGUAUUUUUGCUAAAUUCUGGUGUUCUGCUGUAAUUGACAACCCCCAUGGGACAACUGAUGUAAACCUAUUCACCGUCUCUAUUCACAAAUCUUAAGCUAAGAGUAAACAGACCCUUAUUUAUUGGUACCCGUAACUGGAAAUACUGAUUUUUCUUAUUUUCAUUGUAAUCGUUAAUAUAAUUUUUAGUCUUGGGAUGACUUUCGCAACAAGUACAGUGCUGUAACUCGGCGGCGUGGCGCUUACGGCCAUUGAGUUGACUCGAGUGAGCCGAGGUACUACACCAUAUCGGGUUGCUUUCAAUCGUCCUGGAUUGAUUCAGUCUUUAUACUUUGAGGUGGAGAAGAGAUCCAACAGCCAUCUUUCCUAUGAUUGAUUAUCUGUUAACGUCUGUGUACAUUUUUGUGAUUUUGUCAAGUGUAUAAAAAUCUUUUGAUUCUU